UGAGGUAAUGUAUAACAACCUCUUUCACAAGAUGGGGUUCACCCAGAAAGACUUGAAGCCAGUAAGGACACCCCUAAUAGGUUUCAACAGUUCUAGCAUCCUCCCCCUUGAAAAAAUCACUCUCAUGGUUCAUGUCGGUAUUGUUGCUGUCCUAGUAGAAUUCGUGGUGAUAGACUCUGACUGCUUGUAUAAUGCCAUCAUGGGCAAGACGUGGUUGCAUAUGCUAAGGGAGGCGCAUUCGUUCUAUCACCAAAAGAUCAAGUUUCCCACCCCAAGAGGUAUUAUAGAGAUUUGUGGAGACCAACCAUCUUUAAAAAGCUAUUUUUACGCUUCGAUAAAGACUCGGGGUAAGUAGCCUAGCCCAAGAGCGCAAUCUAGAGGCAGUAGUUGCUAAAUAGCAAUCACAAUUCGGU